UAGUAACCCCAAGCAGCAAGCACAAGUAAAACACUUUGAAUUGAAUAAUAGAAAAAUAUACUUAAAGGAAGAGUUCAGUAAAAUGGGUAGUUAUCUGUUACAUGAAGCUACCUGGGAACCUCUUGAAUACCUACAAAAUGCACCUGGAAAAGUUAAAGAAUUUGAUCAACAUGGAUGUUAA